UUUCAUCACAAACUGUAUUUUGAUUCUAUUGAAAUGAGUUUCACAACAUUUUCUUGUCUGCCAGUUGUGUUGACAUUAUGCGUUUGGUAUGCAUUUUCUAAGGAUACUGAUACGGUCCCGAUGGACACCCCUGGUCCAAAAUACUAUCCUGACGACGGUCUUGAAUCAAAUGACAAGACAUAUCUCAAGCAAGGGAUGGACCCCUUCAAGAUUGUCCACACUCCACUUCCAACGCCCAACGCCACGGCCCCCAACCCAACCUUUAAGUGGACCAUCGCUGCGGACGAUGAUUGCAUGCCGUCCAUCGCUUGUCCCGUGUUCAGUUUGGCGUUUCCAGACUUUGAUGGAAAAUGUGUGGAUCAAUGGAUGGAGGUCACGGAUGGGGUUGCAGGGAGUAAGCGUUACUGCGGAAAAACGGGCCCGAUGAACAUGGUGGCUGCUCAACAGGACGGACUUCGUGAAAUUUACAUCAUCUUCAAAAACAACUAUCGCAUGUUCCCUGCUAAAUUUGAGUGCACCGUUGCAUGUGGAGAAAAGAAUAAAGCCAACUUUUUGCCAAAAGUACUCACGCCAAAAAUCAAGCCUGAUUGUAUGUGCGGUCAAAAGCCUCCAAGGAACAGGAUUAUCGGCGGUCACGAAACGUACUUUGCUGAAUUUCCGUGGAUUGCAGCAAUGGUUGUGAAAGACACGAGGCAACCGUAUUGCAUUGGCAGUGUUAUCAACGACCGUAUGAUCCUCACUGCCGGACAUUGUUUCAAGGGCAAGUUCCGUCAGGCCAAAAAUACGCAUGUUGUACUGAACGCGUACCUAAUGGACCCCAUGCCAAAUAUUAACGUUAUCAAGACAUCGGUCGUAUAUCGAACUUAUGAUGAAGAAACGCUGCAGAAGCUGGACGCUGCAAAUGGGUCGUUUCGCUACAGCGUGGACAGAAUCUGGAUUCAUCCGCUUUAUGUUUCAGACACAAGUGACUAUGACACUGCAGUGAUGAUACUGUCCAAACCCAUCAAUAUCACAGCCUUCAAGGAGUACAGCCCCAUCUGCCUUCCUGACCUGAUGUACGACGUGGACGCAUAUUCCGGAUGGACAGCGGCAAUCUCAGGAUGGGGGUUGCCCAGUUUAACCGCCUUGGGGACAAACACAGAGAUGAAGCAGAUCACGGUGGAGGUCUCAAAACCUGCCGAAUGCAAAAAAGUCUUUGGUGAACGCCUCGUCUCCACGAAACGACAAUUGUGUGCUGCCUACUUUGACGCCAGCGAGGACUCCUGCGCUGGUGACAGUGGUGGUCCAUUGAUUGUUGAAUAUCGACCUCAAAGCUGGUAUCAAGUGGGCAUCAUAAGUUGGGGCGAUGGUUGUGCCCUUAAGGGUCACCCAGGCGUGUACUACCGCACCACAUCUACAAACCAGUGGAUUCGGUACAUGUCGAAUAUGAAGGAAGCCGUUUGGUGCGAUGUCCCGAGUGAGUGAGUGAGUGGACAGAAGAGUUGGUGGUGUGGUGUGUGGUGUAUUUCGUCUCAGUUUGUCGCAACGUUGUUAUAUAACUUGUCUUACUUGUGUGUAAUGGAAGACGAAGCAAAAAAUGUGCUUAUAGAAAUAGAGAGCAGAAAACCUUCUUUCUACAGACGUACUUACAAAGCGAAUGUGUGAGCACAGAGUUCUUAUUUGCAUUCACUGCUAUAUACUCGUACACAUACUUUCAUUAGUGUCAUGUAUUGUAGGCUGAGAUUUUAGCACACACAGAUUCCGACAUCCUUUGAAUCUCUUCCCUUAUUCAACAUUGCACGCUUCUUCUUGCAUAUUUGCAUUGUCUGAACCGGCUGGUCGUGUGGUGCCGAUUUCUUCAUCUUGUCAAUUCCAAUCUCUUCUCCACUGGAGAUCGCUUAUUCAGUAGCAUUCAAAUAAUUGUUGUACAAUUCAUUUGAUUAAAUUUUAAUCGGGCCUCGUAUUUUCUUUACAUAAGUCGAGUGUAGUGUAGUUGGACGCGUUAUGCAAUUUUGUAGAUCAAGUGUCGUCUUUACAUCUUAAGCAUCAUAAAGGCCGUGGUUUAUUUGUCAUUCAACAGUGAAUUCAUAUACAUCUGUAAGUUGACGCAUAUUCUCGUUUUCAUUCUGUGCAAUAUUAUUAGUGGAAUUUCAUAUCAAAUGUGUGACCCUGGAGAAGAAGCAGUGUCAUCAUUCGUUACACAGCAGUGUUAAGAAGAAUGGCCGGUGGGAUAUUAGUGACGACGACGACGAAGCAUACAUGGUAAAUAUUAUUAUGCUGUGAACGGAACGGCUGAGGUCAUCAUCACAUAAAAAACAAACAAUAGCGAUAAAACUUGUUGAUAUUUUGCUGCUGCUGCUCUGGAGCUGUUUCUGCUUUUCUGCUGGUCUGCUCAUAACCACAUUACAUGUGUCUCACUCGUCAUCACCAUGAUUCACGGACAAUAAAAUAAAAUACGCAAUCACGUAAUUCUCUUAACGAAGCGAAAUAUUAAACCCCGACGGAACGGAUCAGUCAGAUCUGACUCAAUCACAUACACAUAACAUUAUGCA